AUGGACCGCUCGCGCCAUUCGCCGCCGCCGGAGCCCGCGCACAGUCGGCCGCUCGAAGGAGGUGCCCUCGAAACCGAUACAGCUGCCCCGCCAGCGGCGGCGCUAAGCGGGCCGGAGCCAGAGCGGCCCCUCGCCCGCGUCCUGCCCCCCAUCCCGGAGAGCGAGCCCCUGCUUACUAGCGCCAACGCCGACGCCGCGCGCAAGCUCAACGGGCGGCCCCUGCACGUGCAGUUCGGCGCACCGCCGCCAAACGCCAAGGUGUCCGUAUCGAGCUCCGGUUCCAGCUCCAGUUCGGACGAUGAGGAGCUCUCCGACGCCAAGGCGCGGCCGCUGGAUGGCGGCUGGGGCUGGGUGGUCGUCUUCGCCUCGUUCAUGGUCAACCUCAUCGCGGACGGCAUCACCUUCAGCUUCGGCGUGUUCUAUCCGCACUUCCUGGAGUACUUCGGCGCUAGCAAGAGCAAGACCGCGUGGAUCGCGAGCAUCUUCAUGGCGAUGCCGCUCCUCUCCGGCCCCUUCGCCAGCUUCCUGACGGACAGAUACGGCUGCCGUCGCAUGACAGUAGUGGGCUCCGUUAUGGCCUCCCUCGGAUUCGUCAUGUCUGCGUUCGUGGACAAUGUCGAAACGCUGUUCUUCACGUUCGGCAUCAUGGCCGGAUUCGGGCUGAGCUUGUGCUUCGUGGCGGCCGUCGUGAUCAUAGCCUAUUACUUCGAGAAGAAACGCUCCCUGGCCACCGGCAUCUCGGUGUGCGGCAGCGGCAUCGGGACGUUUAUUUUCGCCCCGUGCACGUGCGCUCUGCUCGACGAGUACGGGUGGCGCGGCACCACGUUGAUCCUGGCCGGGUUGUUCCUGAACAUGGCCGUGUGCGGCUUGAUGUUCCGCGACCUGCCCUGGACCAUGACGAUGAACGAGGAGAAGGCAAAAAAGAGGAAGCGCAAAAGGGAGAGGAAGCGGAACCGGCGUUUGGCGGCCGCGUCCGCCGCCGAUAGUUGUUCCGACAGCAAGGGCAGCGCCGCCGGGUCGACGAGGGCGGCAGAGGCCGGCGACGGCGAGGCGGUCCCCUCCGCGAUAGCGCCGCGAUACAGUUCCGUGGUCGACUUGCCCACGUACAUGACCGGCGAAGAGGGCGUCUCCAGCGAAGUGUUCGAGCUGAUGUCCAACAAGGCGCGCGCGUACGCGAUGAUGGCGCACAGCUACCGCGGCGUGAUGCUGCCCUCGAGGAGUUUCAGCGACAGUGGCCGCCUCCACGAGCAGUCCCCGACCAGGGCGGCGAUGUCGCCGCGGGCUCUAUCGCCGUCCUCGGCGCCGCCCCACGAAAGCGAGGGUCCCGAAGUGACCCUCAACGACAAAGCCGUGAGCGCCUGGCUGGGACGCCAUGGCGGCGCGAAGAAACCACCGGCCUCACUGAAGGACCUCAAGAUCCACGGGGACUCGUUGACUUACCGGGGCGCCAUGUUGAACAUAAACCGCUACAGGCUGCGCUCCUCCUCGUGCCCAAACAUCUUCAGGAACUCCAUGACCACCGCUGCUAAGGAGAAGGCGCGAUGGUACGAGGGCCUGUGGGGCAUCUGGGACCUGGCCGCUGACGUGCUUGACCUGUCGCACUUCAAGAGCCCCUCCUUCCUCGUGUUCGCCAUCUCCAACUUCCUGCUGUACAUGUGGUACGACGUUCCCUACGUGUACAUAACGGACCACGGGAUGAACUUGGGCUUCGACGAGUCGAAGGCCUCCAUGCUAAUCUCGUUCAUCGGCAUCCUCAACAUGCUCGGCGAGAUCCUGCUCGGCUGGAUCGGGGACUGGGACAACGUGAACCCCAUUCUGGUGUACGCCGGGUGCAUGGUGCUCUGCGGGCUGGUGACCGUGGUGAUGCCGCUGCUGUACUCGUACCUCGGGCUGGCGGUGGCGUCCGGCGCGUUCGGCGCCUUCAUCGCCGCCAACUACUCGCUCACCAGCAUCAUCCUGGUGAAGCAGAUCACCCUGGAAAGGUUCACGAACGCCUACGGGCUGCUGCUGCUCACGCAGGGCCUCGCGAACCUGGUGGGGCCGCCGCUCGCAGGCUGGAUCUACGACAUAACGGAUUCUUACGACCUGUCCUUCUACUUGGGGGGCGUGUUCAUCGGAAUGUCGGGGCUCGUUCUGCUGGUGGUGCCCUUCAGCGACGCCGCCAGGAGGUACUCGGGCCGGCGGGAGCGCGCGGGCCGGCUGCCACAGCUGCCACUCGUCGCCACCGCCGCCACAGAUGCCACAGCUGCCACCGCCACCACCGAGACAUCAAUCGAGUUCGAAGACGAACUGCGAGGUGCGCAACGCAUCCCUACUGUAAUGGCUUGGCGUGGCGUGACGUGGCGUUACAAUCGGCCUUCCUGCAACAAUUGCUGCCACAAGGGGGCG